GUUUGCACCCACAAAAUUGAGUCUCGUUUAUCGUUACGAUUUGUACUGCAAAUAAGAUUGCUAUUAGGUGGAGUAAUGGGCGAGCAAGGUAAGACUAUGGUGGGUACAUCGGUAACUGCAGCUACUACCUUCCCUCGAUUCAUGAGCCUUGCUAUAGAGUUACGGAGUCAAAUAUGGCGUGAUGCAUUGCCGGAUACUAUCGAACCAGCUUUAUACCAAUUCAAAAGAGGAUUUUGGCACCCUAUUUUUCUUUCGGAAUCUGACUACCAGUAUCGUUCGUAGGAUGAAAUGGAGAAUUUGCUUCCACAAUUUUUUUGAGGAAAUGUUAGUCGAUGGCCAAAUAGAGGCGACCUUGGUGUCGGUCAGCUACAAGGCUCACCGAAUUAAUGUCAAAUGGGCUCAUGAAAUGGGGGUUUUGGUUGAGGAAGUUGGAGGAUAUCCCUUAUUUCCAUGUCCUUUCGACCCAGAACAUGAUGUACUAUACAUUCCACCCGAUCAAGAAAUUUCGGUCAAGACAGAACCUGUUGGCAGACUUACUGAGUUUGAAUUGCAUGACCUGCCACCUUGUUACAGAAUUGACGUCGGGAAUUUUGCCGUAGCAGAGUCAAAAAUUUGGAAGCAUAAUCUUCCAAUUCUAGGUAACAUGUUCAGUUGUUCGCCAAUGCGGACAUUGACUAUCAUCAUUGGUUCUCCCCUGAAAACAAGAAGCGUUGGCAACGAUUCAGAAUUACAGGAGCGAUGGGAGGUCAGACAAGAAGGAGGAUAUGACUGGAGCAAUAAAAAGGAACCAUUGGAGUUUCAAGGUAGAAAAUUUCCCGUCAAAGAUAGUUUAUACCGGAUUCAAGGAAUAUUGAACGAAAGUUUCUACCAGGACAUUGAUACUUUUGACAUACCCAACGUCAAAGUUAAAGUUACUUCAGCUAUUAGAAAAUAGAAGAAGUUUUCAUGGGGAACGUAGACAGAGACUUGAUAAAUUCUGCACUUCAACAAGGUGUUUUAGUAGAUAUGGUUCAGUAUGUGGCUUUUGUGGGAACUCA